CCGUUGUUGGCUCAUCCUCCUCGCAGCCUUUUCUUCCGACAGAAGUUAGUGUGGUGGAAGAACGAUGUAGCUCGACCUCCAUUGCCUGAGUUCGUGGAAAUUGCACGGGAACGAGUGCCAAACAUGAACGCAAACGUUCACCAUGAGCGAACUGUUGCUGGGCCAUCAAGUCGAACUAGGAACAGAUCUCGAGUAACUCCGUUUUGUCCAUGUUUCUCGCCAACGGUAAGCGAUUCUGACACUGAUGACGACAAUGCAGUGCAAAAUGCUGGAAGAAGUUGGAGCAGCUCAGUUGCUGAAAUGGUUCGACAACGCCUUGCAAUAGUAGGCGAAGCAGCUAAUCAAUUGGCUGGGCCAGCAAUUACACGACGAUCG